GGUGGCAAGUGUUUCUUGUUUGCAAGUGUGUGUGUGUGUGUGUUUUGCAGAAACGUGGAGCAGGACUUGGCAGUUCCAUGCGGUGUCAGUUAAAAUGAGACAAUAACGCUUGUUUUUUUUUGUUGUUGUUGUGAUUGUGUUGACAGUGCCUGUCGGGAAGUAAGAGCUGUGAUGUGAUGCAUCCUGCAGUCCUCCUCUUGCAAACAAGGCAACACUCAUUUGUGGAAACCUUGAGAUCCUAAAACCCGGAGAAGGAGCUAUAAACACAUUAUCAUGGACCUGAGGGAUUUUUACCUGUUGGCUGCCCUGAUUGCCUGUUUAAGGCUGGAUUCUGCUGUAGCUCAAGAACUUAUUUACACGAUCCGAGAGGAGCUGCCAGAAAACGUCCCCAUCGGGAACAUACCAAAGGAUUUGAACAUUUCUCACAUCAAUGCUGCCACAGGAACCAGCGCUAGUCUUGUCUACAGACUGGUCUCCAAAGCAGGGGAUGCCCCUUUGGUGAAAGUGUCCAGCACCACGGGGGAGAUCUUUACCACCUCCAACAGAAUUGACCGAGAGAGACUUUGCGCUGGGGCUGCCUACGCCGAAGAGAAUGAGUGCUUCUUUGAACUGGAGGUGGUUAUUCUCCCCAAUGACUUUUUUCGGCUGAUCAAGAUCAAAAUCAUCGUGAAGGAUACCAAUGACAAUGCCCCUAUGUUUCCGUCCCCUGUCAUCAACAUCUCCAUACCCGAAAACACUCUCAUCAACAGCCGCUUCCCGAUCCCAUCAGCCACGGACCCUGACACUGGUUUCAACGGGGUGCAGCACUACGAACUUUUGAAUGGGCAAAGUGUCUUUGGGCUGGAUAUCGUGGAAACGCCGGAAGGUGAGAAGUGGCCUCAGCUGAUAGUGCAGCAGAACUUGGACCGGGAGCAGAAAGAUACCUAUGUGAUGAAAAUCAAAGUCGAGGAUGGUGGAACCCCGCAGAAAUCCAGCACGGCCAUCCUCCAGGUCACAGUAAGUGAUGUCAAUGACAACAGGCCGGUUUUUAAAGAGAGUCAGGUGGAGGUUCACAUACCAGAGAAUGCCCCUGUAGGUACCUCCGUCAUUCAGCUUCAUGCCACCGAUGCAGAUAUAGGAAGCAAUGCAGAAAUCAGAUAUAUUUUUGGUGGCCAGGUUGCUCCUGCAACUAAAAGACUCUUUGCUUUAAACAACACCACUGGGCUGAUUACAGUCCAGAGGGCCUUAGACCGAGAGGAAACUGCUAUCCACAAGGUGACAGUGCUGGCCAGUGAUGGUAGUUCUACACCUGCCCGGGCAACUGUUACUAUCAAUGUGACUGAUGUUAAUGAUAACCCCCCCAACAUAGACCUCAGGUACAUUAUAAGUCCCAUCAAUGGCACAGUGUACUUAUCUGAGAAAGACCCUGUCAAUACUAAGAUUGCCCUAAUUACAGUCUCAGAUAAGGACACUGAUGUGAAUGGCAAAGUGAUCUGUUUCAUUGAGAGAGAGGUGCCAUUUCACUUGAAGGCUGUUUAUGACAACCAGUACUUGUUAGAGACCUCUUCUUUGCUGGACUACGAGGGCACCAAAGAAUUCAGCUUUAAAAUAGUUGCCUCCGAUUCUGGCAAGCCCAGUUUGAACCAGACUGCCCUGGUAAGAGUUAAAUUGGAGGAUGAGAAUGACAACCCUCCAAUUUUCAGCCAGCCGGUAAUUGAACUGUCGGUUUCUGAAAACAACCGCCGUGGUCUGUACUUAACCACUAUUAGUGCCACGGAUGAGGACAGUGGGAAAAAUGCCGACAUUGUUUAUCAGCUUGGCCCCAAUGCUUCUUUUUUUGAUUUGGACCGAAAGACAGGGGUUUUGACAGCCUCCCGGGUCUUUGACAGAGAAGAGCAGGAGAGGUUCAUUUUUACUGUUACAGCCCGAGAUAACGGCACCCCUCCCCUGCAGAGUCAAGCUGCUGUGAUUGUGACAGUACUGGAUGAGAAUGACAACAGCCCCAAAUUUACUCAUAAUCAUUUUCAAUUUUUUGUGUCGGAGAACCUACCAAAGUAUAGCACCGUAGGAGUGAUCACGGUGACUGAUGCAGAUGCAGGAGAGAAUAAAGCUGUGACUCUUUCCAUCCUGAAUGACAAUGAGAACUUUGUCCUGGACCCUUACUCUGGAGUUAUAAAAUCAAAUGUUUCUUUUGACCGGGAGCAGCAGAGUUCCUACACCUUUGACGUCAAGGCUAUUGAUGGAGGGCAACCACCGCGCUCCUCUACUGCAAAAGUCACCAUUAAUGUCAUGGAUGUUAACGACAACAGCCCCGUGGUCAUCUCCCCACCUUCUAAUACUUCUUUUAAGUUGGUACCUCUCUCGGCUAUCCCUGGCUCCGUAGUGGCUGAAGUCUUUGCUGUUGACAUUGACACGGGAAUGAAUGCUGAACUUAAAUAUACAAUAGUAAGCGGAAACAACAAAGGUUUGUUUCGUAUUGAUCCAGUGACAGGUAACAUAACUCUGGAAGAAAAGCCUACUCCAACUGACGUGGGGCUGCAUCGGUUAGUGGUCAAUAUUAGUGACCUGGGUUAUCCUAAAUCCCUACAUACUCUUGUCCUUGUGUUUUUGUAUGUCAACGACACAGCUGGAAAUGCCUCUUAUAUUUAUGACUUGAUCCGCAGGACUAUGGAAACGCCCUUGGAUAGGAACAUCGGGGACAGCAGCCAGCCUUAUCAAAAUGAGGACUACCUGACAAUAAUGAUUGCAAUUGUGGCAGGUGCCAUGGUAGUCAUUGUGGUAAUAUUUGUCACCGUUCUGGUCCGCUGCCGCCAUGCUUCCAGGUUCAAAGCUGCCCAAAGGAGCAAGCAAGGUGCCGAGUGGAUGUCUCCCAACCAGGAGAACAAACAGAACAAGAAGAAGAAGCGGAAGAAACGGAAGUCACCUAAGAGUUCCCUGUUGAAUUUUGUUACCAUUGAGGAAUCCAAACCUGAGGAUGCAGUUCACGAACCUAUCAACGGGACCAUUAGCCUUCCAGCUGAGCUGGAGGAGCAAAGUAUAGGACGAUUUGACUGGGGCACUGCACCACCAACCACUUUUAAGCCUAACAGCCCUGACCUUGCGAAGCAUUACAAAUCUGCCUCUCCACAGUCUGCUUUCCAUCUUAAGCCUGACACCCCCGUCUCGGUGAAAAAACAUCAUGUGAUUCAGGAACUCCCUUUGGACAACACCUUUGUUGGGGGGUGUGAUACCCUUUCCAAACGCUCUUCCACUAGUUCAGAUCACUUCAGUGCCUCAGAGUGCAGUUCCCAAGGAGGCUUCAAGACAAAGGGCCCCUUGCACACCAGACAGGCACUGAAUAUUGGAGAUAUGCCGAAGUACUUGUGGGAGAUUUGGGUACCUGACAAACCAUGGGUGUCCCAGCGCCGUGUUACGUUUCACCUCCCCGAUGGCUCCCAGGAAAGCUGCAGUGACAGUGGUCUAGGAGAUCAUGAGCCUGUGGGUAGUGGAACCCUGAUCUCACACCCUCUCCCUCUGGUUCAGCCGCAGGACGAAUUCUACGAUCAGGCCUCACCGGACAAGAGGACCGAAGCGGAUGGCAACUCCGAUCCCAACUCUGAUGGACCCCUUGGCCCUCGAGGGUUAGCAGAAGCGACUGAGAUGUGCACUCAAGAAUGCCUGGUCCUGGGUCACUCAGACAACUGUUGGAUGCCUCCCACGUUGGGUUCAUACCAGCAGCCAAAAUCUCCACUGUCCACCUUUGCACCUCAGAAGGAAUGGGUUAAGAAAGACAAACUGGUGAAUGGACACACGUUGACAAGAACCUGGAAAGAAGACAGCAACAGAAACCAGUUCAGUGACCGAAAGCAGUUUGGCUCGGGUGAAGGCCAUUUCAACGCUGGCAAUCACAUGACUGACAUUCCUUUGGCUAACUUGAAGACCUAUAAACAGGUGUCGGGAGCAGUGGAGAGUCCGAAGGAGAACCAGCUAUAAGGAAUGGCUUCUUUGGGACAGUGACUUUAGCCUAGUUAGACUUGCUAAUACUGUGUGUGUGUGUGUCAGAGCUUUAUGUACUGAUUAGACCUCUAGAACUAUGCGUCACAUAGCAGAGAUAUGCAUAACUUUGUGGUAGCUCCAUGGAACUACAAUACAAAAGAGCAUUUCUACUAGUUGUGUGGUUUUGUUAAAUAGACAUAAUCAAACUCUUACAGAGAAUCUCUCCAGUUUGCAAAUAUCUUCUUUUGUUUCCAUUUAUUUGGGGGCAAGGGGCGGGGUGGGGGUUGUUUAUUUUCCUUUAGUUUUUGACCCUGGACUGCUGCUGUGAACAGUAGAAGAUACAUUUGGAGAGUGAGAGAAAGUGUGAAAGUGAGUGAGCAAGAGUGAGCGAGAGGAAGAGUGUGUGCAAACGAGAGGAUUGCAAUUCUUAGAAAGCAUAUCCAAUUAGGAAAUUGUGUUAUUAUUGCCAUUGAUCUUGUGCUGGGACUGCUAUACUUGACAUCUUUACUGAACAAAACAACUAAAAUUUCAAACAUUAAACCUACUGUGCUAUUAACAACGUUAGUGGACACUUGUUAAGUCCAUCAGUGUUCAAGUACUUGUAAAUAGGAUCAAUUAUUAUUAAUAACUUUUGUGUAUUUAUAACGUUCACCUAAAAAAAAAAUACUGUAGCAUAAUUCUGUGUAUCACAGUUGCUUUUUUUAUACUUUGUUUCAUUUGCUUCCUGUUGUUUUUUUAAAAAUUUUUGUUUCUUUUGGUGAUGGUGUUUACGUGUUGGUAGUCUGUCUGACACACAAUGUUCCAAGAAACUCAAAACACUUGUGUUAAAAACUGAGUAAAAGAUGUGGGGGGUGUUUCUUUUGCUGUUAUUCUAAUAAACAAACACUAUUUGCCAAUUCUAAAAUAUAAAUACACUUGUAGCAAGGGCUUUGAAAUUUAGCCGCUAUUAUUUUUGUUACUAUUCUGGUUUUCAAAGCAAAGGGGAGAAAAAGAGAACGUCACCUGUGUUAGCAGCUGAAUGGAUGGCUUUUUAAAAAGAAAGUCGGAGGUAUUCACUGCAAUCAUACUAGAGAGUAAUAUCAAUCAAAAUGGAGGAUCAGUUAUUAAGGGCUCAACCUUCUGAGGAGUUUCACUGCAAUAGCAGCACUGAAGUGAAUGGGAGGUGCCCCAGUGCCGAUUCUUUUCAAUGGAGCUUGUGCCGGAGACGUUCCUGGGGAAUUGUACCCAAUACCAGUAUAAAACGAUUGCUUUUUUUAAAUAAUUGGGCCAAGUGUGUGUCUAUACCUAAGACAGUUCGUAUUGCUCAAAUGGCAGCGGUUGUGUUGAGCUUCAUCUGCAUUGAUGUUGUAGUAACACAAGUGUUUUUAGAUCAUAGCCACAAAAUAUUUAAUGUGUUGUGCCUUCAUGAUGUAACCAAGCAUUCUCCUGGUAGGCUAGUUGGGGGAAAUGAAAGGGUUCAAUCUCUAAUUCUUGCUGUUUAACUGUUUGUUAUCAUAGUUGGUCAAUGCCUGGCAGGUACCAGUGUUGUGUCACUUGAAUCAAACCAGCAAAGUGACUCCUAAUGUUAAUAAGAUCUCAGUUGCACGUCGAACAAAUCCUAAUCCAAACGUUCUUAGGCGUUUUUUUCUUAAGGCAUGACAGACAAUUUAAACAAAUAGCAUGCAACAUAGUGGGGGGAAAAGUCCUUAAAGGAAAAAAAAAGCAAAAAUUAUCUUAUGCCACAGUUAAACAUCAGUCUUAAAUAAAAAAUAAAUAAAUAAAGGUAGCUAAUAUUGAUGGUUAAUUUGUUCUUACCAAAAUAAUAAUAAAACUAACCGAAAAGUUAUUUUGUAUAUAGCAGUUCACAUUUUCUUUCCUCCACAGUAUACAAGCAUAAAAUGGGCUAGGGGUGCAUUGCUUAUUGCGGUACUUAUGUCAGUUUGUGAGGGGUGUUUGAUGACUUUGACUGGAUAAAUAUCUAAACAGUUAUCCUUGUUACUGCUUUGCCAGUUCAACGUUAUUUACAGUUAUUCAGCUCUUGCAAUAAAUGUUCUGAAUUCCUGA